AUGAAUGAUAACGGACCUAUGGCUAAAGUUUCAAACAAGGAAGAAAAGUGGAACGAUCUGUCAUCGUAUUAUGGCAACUACUUAGCUUCAGACACGGACUUUCUCAAGGCAACGGAAAUUAUGACAAAUUAUAUCUAUGGCGAAAGCAGUAAUGACAACGACAAGGAAAUUCAAUGCGACUUACUCACCGAAGAUGGUGGACAUGAAAUCGAUCCAACUAGAUUGAGCUAUAAAGAACGAAUCCGCUGGCAUUUGAAGGAAUUCUGCUACAAAACUUCCAGUCACGGAAUUCCAAUGCUCGGCCAGGCGCCAAACUUCAUGUAUAGGUGA